CUUACAACAUGGUGUCAGAAGUGUGCUCUCACAACUCGACGGUGUUGAGUCGUAACCGCGUGGUUUGUGAGUAUUGAACUGCAUCCGUCUUCAUCGAACGCAUCCUGCGCGUUGUUGAACUUUAUCUGUCUUUAUCGCGUACAUCUCGUUGCAUUGCACCGUUUUCUUGAAAUAUCGUCUUCGUUGAGGGCUCCUGAACCUUUUUCUUUCGGGGCCAGUGAUUUGGCGGCCCAGUGGGGUCUGUGGCGUAAACAGUUUACGUGGUACUUAGUGGCUACAAAUGCAAAUGGCGGCCUUAACGUGGAUGAAGAGCAGAUGGUGGGCGUGCUCAUCACUCUUCUUGGCAGUGAGGGCCUCAAAAUUUACGAUACUUUUGUGUUCAAUCCAGCCUCCGAUGCCAGAAAAAUUACGCCGGUGUUAGACAAGUUCACUGCCCAUUUUGAGCCCCGACGCAGUGAAGUUUUCGAGCGUUUUAAAUUCCUGCGUCGUCAUCAACUCCCUGGUGAAUCUUUUGAUUCGUGGCUAAUUGAUCUUCGUGGUCUAGUGAACUCGUGUGGCUAUGGUGCUGGUGUUGAUUCGGUCUUACGGGACCAAAUAGUACUCGGUGUGGCUGAUCCUUACGUCCGUGAAAAGCUGCUGUAUGAAAAGGAUUUGCUGCUCCCCACCGCGUGUGAAAUUGUGCGUGCGUGUGAGUCAUCUAAAGCCCAGCUCAGUCACAUCACCACGUCAUCGACAGCUGAAGCCGCGCACGCCGUUCAGAGCCGACCGGGUGGCCGGAAGGUCGAGAGAAAGCCGGAAUCGUCGUUCAGAGCUCAGCAUGAACAGCAGCCGUCCGCUAAUCAACACGCAGCCCAGCAGUAUCCCAAGUGUAAAGAUUGCGGCCGGCCUCAUCGAAAAUAUCAGUGUCGAGUCACCAAUUUUACGUGUUAUAAUUGCAACGUGGUCGGCCAUAUAUCCAGUUGCUGUCCGAAUCCACCCAAGUCCCGCCAGAUGUCAGCACGUCCAGCACCAAACCCCGCGCCCAAAGUUCAUGCUGUGGAGGAGGAGACGCGCUGGAUUGGUGAGGUCGAACGUGGCGGCACGGCGAUGGCCCUCCCGCGGUCAGUUGAAGAAAGUUACUACGUCUCUCAUGCCCUAACGUCGUCUGGUAGUGAAUCUGAGUGGCACCAAGACGUGACAGUAGAUGGCGUUAAAAUUAACUUCAAGCUUGAUUCGGGCGCCACAUGCAACAUUCUGCCGUAUGAGUCGUUUGCUCGGCUGCCCAAAACACGCCGCUGUCUUCGCCCUGGGCCCAUUGUUCGCAGUUAUCGUUCACAAGAUGGCCUCUUACGCGUGCUCGGAUUGCACACAGCCAAGGUGGUUCACAGAGGCGCUUUGUUUGUCAUCGACUUUGUCGUGGUUGACGAGCCUGGCCAGCCACCCCUUCUAGGACUCCCGUCUUGCGACAAGCUGAACUUGAUUCGAAGAGUCGAUGCUGUUCAGUCGCCAGUAGACGCUCCGCUGCCGCCAAUAGUCGUGGAGUUUAUGGACGUCUUCGAAGGAUUAGCCAGUCGACUUCCGUUCCGGCUGGAGGAUCGCGUUUUCAAGAAGUUGGACGAAAUGGUCAACGACAAAAUCCUCACCCCCGUGCAAGAGCCAACUGAGUGGGUCAGCUGCAUGAUGGUGGUGGGAAAACCGGACGGUGAUGUCCGUAUUUGUCUGGACCCGUUUGAGCUCAACAAGGCUAUUCAACGUCAACAUUUUGCCGUCCCCACCAUUGAGCAGCUGUUCAGCAAGUUGGCGUCCUAUUUGUGCACAAUGGCCACUCCGAAAGGCCGUUAUCGCUUCCUCCGGCUGCCGUUUGGGCUGAAGUCAGCCCCAGAAAUUUAUCUUCAGACGAUGAACGACUUGUUUGGAGACCUGCCCGGUGUACUCAUCUAUUUUGAUGAUUUCCUUGUAACGGGUGAAACGGAGGAGGAACUUCUCGCCAACCUUCGUCAAGUGUUUGUACGUUGCCGUCUCCAUGACUUGAAGCUUCAGUUAAAAAAGUGCAAAUUCUUCCUCCAGGAGCUCCCGUGGCUAGGCCAUGUCAUUGGCCAGGGAAUUUUAAAGCCGGACCCCCUCAAAGUUUCGGCAAUUGUGGAAAUGCCUGAUCCAACUUGUCCGGCUGAUCUCGUCCGUCUCCUGGGCAUGGUGACAUACCUGGACAAGUUCUGCCAAAAUCUCGCGGGUCUGACACGACCCUUACGUGACUUACUCAAAGCAGACGCAGCGUGGGUGUGGGAAGAGCCCCAGAAGAUGGCCCUUGGUCAGCUUAAAAGUGCAUUGUCGUCUCUUCCAGUGCUACGACUGUUGGACCACUCGCUGCCCUUGGUCGUAUCAGUCGAUGCGUCUCCCGUCGGCAUCGGUGCAGUGUUGCUUCAAAAUAACCAGCCGAUCGCGUACUCGUCAAUGUCGUUAACCGUUACUCAAAAACGGUACUUUCAGAUCGAAAAGGAGCUGUUGGCGGUCCAGUUUGGACUCAUGCGCUUCCGGCAGUACGUCUAUGGCCAAAUGGUGGUGGUUGAAACCGAUCACAAGCCGUUGGUUGGCCUCCUGGAGAAGCCCAUUGCGUGUUGUUCCCCGAGAAUCCAGCGGAUGCGUCUGCAACUCCAACGAUUUGAUUUCAAGCUCGUCUACAAGCUGGGCAAGGAGCUGUUUAUCGCCGACACGCUUAGUCGGGCUCCGUCGCCCCGCCUUUUUACCGAUGACGUCACUCAAGACUGUGAGGAGCAGGUUCACGCUGUUCUUGACCUGAUAAUUCCUCAUGAUGCAACUCGUGUCAAGUUUGCUGCAGCAACGACGGCAGACCCAACUCUCCGUCUCCUGAAAGAAGUCCUUCGGCGUGGAUGGCCUGAUCACAAGGCCCAGUGUCCGGUGGCUGUAAAACCGUUCUGGCAAGUACGCCACCACUUGUCUGAAGCUGAUGGUCUGCUACUCAAUGGCAGCCGGUUGGUGGUUCCGAUUUCGCUUCGGCAGGAAGUAUUGGCUGGAAUACACGACGGCCAUUUUGGAGAGGUGAAGUGCAUCUUACGGGCAAAGUCGGCCGUUUAUUGGCCCGGGUGUGACGAGCAAAUUCGCAACAUGGUGGCCAGCUGUUCGACCUGCCAAACGCAUCGCCAUCGAAACCCAGCGCAGCCUCUUCGUCCUGUGCCGUUGCCGGUGCAUGCCUUUCAGUGGGUGUCGGCUGACAUUUUUCUGCAUGGUGGCGUUAACUACCUCCUGGUUGUUGACGCAUAUAGCAAGUGGCCAGCAUGCGUGCCGUUGCGCAGUUUAUCGUCGUCGUCCGUAGUCGCCGAAAUGGAACGCAUAUUUAGUGACUUUGGCGUUCCCGAAAUCGUCAUGUCAGACAAUGGCACUCAGUUUGAUUGCGCCGAGUUUCGAGAGUUCUGCGAGGGCCGUUCAGUUCGGUCAGUGACGUCCAGCCCAACCUACGCGCAGUCCAAUGGUCUGGUGGAGCGCCACAUACAGACAGUGAAAAAGACGCUCUUAAAAAUGUUCACGGAUGGCCGGUCUCUAUGGGAGGCCUUGGCGGCCAUUCGAUCGACUCCAAUAUCAUCGGAGCUGCCGUCUCCAGCAGUGUUAUUGCAGGGACGCCACCUUCGUGGCAGCUUGCCGUUUUUGCAAGAUCGCCUGGUUCCACAGUUUGUACCUGCAAAGUUCGUUCACGGCCAGCUCCAGCGUCGUCAGGCUACGGCUUGUUUUAAUCACGGCGGUCGUCCGGAUGUUCGUGGGUCGGCGCUCAUUAUCGGUCAACGUGUACGGGCGUUCAUCUCUGGGUUGUGGCUACCAGGUGCCGUCGAAGCUGUUUGCAGCGAGCCUGACUCAUAUGUCGUUCGGUUGGCAGACGGGCGAGCUUUUCGUCGGACGCGCCGCGACAUAAAACUUGACAACUCGCCGUCGGCAGGAUUGGCAGUGGUUCAACAGAGUGGUGGUGCUGAUGUAAUACCGUCUGCUGUUCGCGGUUAUCGCCCCGCCCCUGCUAAUCAUCUGCUACCGGCCCUGUCUUGGUCUCCGCCUGGUCCGCCUGCCCGCGCUGUGAAUGUUCCAGUUGCCCAGCCGCUUCCGGUAGCCCUGGGUCAACCGUCAAUGAUGCCACAGCCUCCGCCGGUCUUUGUCAACCCGGUGCCCGGCCCGGCAACCCCUGCAAGGCCACGUGCGGCACCCGUCUCAACCGACCAGCGUGCCACCGUCCAGCUGCCCGCUGCCCAGUCACCCCUGACAGCAUCAAGUCCGCUGGCCGUCGCGCCUCAUCGUCCGGGAUCGACUCGCUCUGGUCGCCCUUAUCUCAAGCCGUCUUAAUUGUCUGUGUGCGAUUCCGUGUUUGUUGUCCUGGCUGCUUUGCUAGUGACACUUUUGGCUGUUUUGCCAUACUUACCCUCAUGGAAGUCGUCGUCUAAUUCUCAAUUUUUGUUUUUUCCUGCGUCUCGUCCCAUAGUUCAUGUCAUGUCGUGUCUUAUCUCAUUAUUCAUUUCAUUGUGUUUGUUCUCUGGUUUUCGGCCCAUUGUUCAUAUCAUAUCGUGUUUUCCUCAUUGUUCAUUUCAUUGUGUUUAUUCUCUUGCUCGGCAUGUUAGUUCUUGUCGUUCAUUUGUGUGUAAUCAGUGUGCGAGGGGGAGAUAUUGUAGAAUCUAGUGCUGACCGCUAGAUGUCGUCCCACCUAGAGCGAGCAUAUCCCCGCUAUGCAGAGCCCCAAUACACCAGUCUCAUACACGCACUUGACCUUACAACACUGUUGUUCGAUAUCGACUAGCCAAUAAUAAUCCAAUGUCCAAAACCUAAAUUUCAACGAUUUAUAUAUCCCAAUAUUUAUCCAAUGUCAAUACAAUUUCGAAUUUUU